AUGGCACCAGUCGCUAUUACUCCUCCUCCUGUGGAGGUGAAGGCUCGCCCUGGUCUUCAGCGCGCCAACACUGCUAAUAUGGGCACCAAGAGAAAGAUUAUCUGCUUCUCAGACUUCGACGGAACGAUUUUCAUGCAAGACACUGGUCACACGUUGUUUGACAAUUUCGGCUGUGGCCCAGAACGACGAGAAGUCCUUGCUCGUCAGAUGGAAUCUGGAGAGCGAACUUUCCGGGAAGUCUCAGAUGAACUGUACGCCUCUCUGGACGUCCCCUUCGAGGACGGUUUCGAGGUCAUGAAGACGGCUCUGGACAUCGACCCCGACUUCCAAACCUUUCACGAGUUUUGCGUCAACAACAGCAUUCCCUUCAACGUUAUCUCGGCCGGACUGAAACCUGUUCUGCGCAAGGUUCUCGAUCAUUUCAUCGGAGAAGACAUGAGCAAGCACAUCGAUAUUGUGGCCAACGACGCAAAGAUUGCCGAAGACGGUAGCAAAUGGGAAGCUGUCUGGAGACACGACAACGACCUCGGCCACGAUAAGGCCCAGUCAAUCAACGAAUACAGAGAGAUGGCCGCGAUGCAAAGCGACAACGGCACGAUACCGUUGAUUGUGUUUAUCGGAGACGGUGUUUCCGAUCUUCCAGCGGCACGAGAAGCCGACGUACUCUUUGCUCGUCGUGGUCUCAAGCUGGAGGAGUACUGCGUCGAGCACAACCUGCCUUACAUCCCCUUCGACACGUUUGCCGACAUCCAGAGGGAAGUCAUCAAGAUUGCCAAGAUCGAUGAUGAGAAGACACACGGAAGAGGCCUGCCGGCGACAUUUAACCCUCGUGCCAACAUGUGGAGACGGGCCAGCAGCAAGGCAUCGGUCCCUCUUUUCGCGGCGCUCAGCCCGUCCAAGGAGGAAAAGGCUUUCAUGUGGCCCGAGACUUUUACCAGCAAACCAACGACUGUGUCUGAUGCGGAUGCUGCGAAGGCUGCUGUUGCCGCGCCAGUUGCUUGA